CACACUCUGAGACGUACAUUCAUCCAGUCCGUAGCAGCCUGAGGGACAGACACCAAAAACACAGCUGAACCAGACUUUGUGACCACCGACGCUCUGAACCACAUCACAGAUGGGGCCUGGAUUGUUUUGGAACUUCCCUCCCAAGGCUGGCUGCACGGUUCCACAGAGCCUCCUGCAGACCAUGUUGCUGUCCAGGAUGGCGGGGAUGAAGGAGCAGCAGUUCACGGAGGAGAAGCCCCUGCUGCCGGAGCAGAGAGGAGCGGACUCGGACAUGCAGGAUAAAGGAGAGGAGGCAUCGGGGGGGCUCCAGUGCCCCACCGGCCCCGCGCCUCUUAACAACCCCCCUCCCCCCAGUCGCUCCACUCACCGCUGGCAUGUCUUCGCACGGCACUGGCUCCGCCAGACCCGCCGUCGGACCAGCGGGGUCCUCCCGGAAAGCUGUGAACAGCUGAUGCCAGCGGGCGACUGGAAGGAACAUGAUGUCGAGACCCCUUAUGGGAUGCUGCAUGUGGUGAUCCGAGGGGCGCCCAAGGGAAACAAACCCGCUAUCCUCACCUACCACGAUGUGGGUCUGAACCACAAGCUGUGCUUCAACGCUUUCUUCAAUAAUGAAGACAUGCAGGAGAUCACCAAGCACUUCGUGGUGUGCCACGUCGAUGCCCCGGGGCAGCAGAUCGGAGCUUCGCAGUUUCCACAAGGGUACCAGUACCCCACCAUGGACCAGCUGGCUGGCAUGCUGCCAACUGUGGUGCAGCACUUUGGGUUUAAGAGCAUCGUUGGGAUCGGUGUCGGGGCCGGAGCGUAUAUCCUGGCCAAGUUUGCUCUGAUCUUCCCUGACCUGGUGGAGGGUUUGGUUCUGCUCAACAUCGACCCCAACGGCAAAGGAUGGAUUGACUGGGCUGCUACCAAGCUGUCAGGUCUGACCAGCACUCUCCCAGAUACUGUGCUGCCUCAUCUUUUCAGCCAGGAGGAGCUGGUGAGCAACACAGAGCUGGUGCAGAGCUACAGGCAACAGAUCAACAACAACAUCAACCAUUUCAACCUGCAGCUUUUCUGGAACAUGUAUAACAGUCGGAGGGACCUGGAGAUGAACCGCAGCGGGACGGUGCUCAACGCCAAGACCUUGAAGUGUCCUGUGAUGCUGGUUGUUGGAGACAACGCGCCUGCAGAGGAAGGAGUGGUGGAGUGUAACUCCAAACUGGACCCAACCAACACCACCUUCCUGAAGAUGGCUGACUCUGGUGGACUGCCCCAGCUCACACAGCCGGGCAAGCUGACCGAAGCCUUCAAGUAUUUCCUGCAGGGGAUGGGCUACAUCGCUAAUGUGAAGGAUCGGAGGUUGAGUGGAGGGCCAGUGCCCUCGGCCAGUAUGACCCGCCUCGCUCGCUCCAGGACAGCUUCCCUGACCAGCGGCGGCUCCGUCGACGGGUCGCGCUCUCGAGCCUGCACCCACUCCGACAGCACCGAGGGAGUCGGUGCGGUCACCCACACCAUGGAGGUGUCCUGCUGAGGGGCCACAGAAAGAAAGAGGGAGGGAGGAAGUAGAGAGAUGGAGAGAGAGAGGCAGGUUGUGCAAACGGGGUGGAGUGGGGGGGAGUAUGAGGACUGAAGGUGGAGGAAGUCAGGCUUGAUGGAGAGGGAAAGUAAUAUUUGAAGGCAGCUCUCUUUGUCUUCAUCUACAUCCUCCGGAUCCCUUUGGCUGCCAUUUUCUUCCUGCCUCCACUGUAAAAUUCCAUGUGUAAUGCUACUUUAACACCCUGAACACCUUCAAAUAUCCACCUCAACUUCCUUUCUCCCACCACGUAAUGAUUUAACAUUUAGUCUUGAAGUGUCAUUCUUGUGUUUGCUAAGUGUGGCCUCAUUCUUUGCCUGCGCCCUUUUUAACCUUCCACCCCCAAACACACAAAACAGUAACUCUGUCAACAAUCCACACAGCCGGUAAAGAGCUACUGCUGAAAUCUGGUACACGGUGGUAAAAGUGCGGGAUAUGGCAACGAGAGCAGAACUUUUAUGGGGCGCCAUACAGAAAAAAGAACAUUUUGGGAGUAUUUUCUGUUUUUAUUUGACCGAUUGUGAAGAUCUCUCUCUGUGAUGUUUGGAAAUCAUGAGUGUCGAGUGAGCGUUAAGCGGGGGUGUGUCCAGCUUUAGGCAGACGGCAGAGCACAGCAUGUUGUAGCCGAGUGCACCUAUAGCACUUAAAGAGGAUUUGUGAGCGUAGCUAGAGCUCAGCACGCUGUUUUAAAGCUGCACUUGGUAAGAUUUUAUUUCAAACAUGUGGACUAUAAUUGGACUGAAACAGAGUGAUAUCGUCAGCAUAUAGGCGGACUUACAUUAUCAUCAGCUUUACACAAAACUCUGCAAUGAUAGGCUGUCUGUUCUUCUGCAUAUGUAGUAUCUGAGACACCGACUGGGGCCGAACACUUUUAUUACCUCAAAACAGGAAAUGAAACGUAGGCCGCCGGUUGCAAGCGCACCAAAACUAAGCCACUACACCACCAGGGAGCUUUAUUUGUUCUUCUUUUUGCCACAAUAAUAUUUGCAUGAGCGUGUUUGAAUCAUCUUGAUUUUGCAUGAGAAGACAAUCUGGAGCUGUUUGAUAUCAGUUGAGCCAAAAAAACUUUUAUUAAAAACAUAAAAUCCAACGUAGCCAAUGUAGCAGCAAAUCUAAUAUGAAGCACUUGGUCGGCAUGCAGAAAACACCAAGUGAGCCUGAGACUAUCUUAGAAUGUAAAGCAUGAACAGCUUAGUAAAGAGUGUGGAAAAUGCACCCAUAUGAGCGAGAAUAGUUUUGUGUUUGGAUGUAGUUUGAACCUGCAGAUUUCAGGCAGAUCAUCCUGUUUCUGUUAAUCAGGAACUUAACGCUUAAAAGGUGGUUUACCCUCGAUUCUGUUCUCAUCACAAGCAGGACGGGCAAGGGAACAUGACUGAUGUCACAAUACACAAUAUUCAAAAUUUAGCCUCAUUGCUGCCCCUUGAAGCUACAUUAAUGCAACGUUCCUGAGUGCAGCUUUAAGCCGUGUGUCAUCUCACAUUUCUAAGACAAUCCACUGCAUAAUACUAGAAUAGAAGAAGCAUUUAUUAACAUGUAUAUGCAUGUGAAUGUGAAAGUAAACUUAGGGCAUUCUAGUAUGUAAUUAGUAUCUAGUAUUAGGGCAUUCUUCAUUAGCACCUUACAUGUGGCUAGUUAAAUAGAGCCAUGGAUACAACCGCCUACAUUAGCCUGCAGUUCUAGUGCAUGGACGUGGUUCUCGCCAUAGGCAGCUCUUUGUGGUCUCUAAACAUGACAAUCACAGGCUGAUCCAAACCAAACCCGACCAGGGAGGGGCACCGAGGCAGGACCGGGCCAGCCCAAUGAGCUCUCUUUCUGGGUCGGCAUCACAGAAACUUGCCUUCUCUUGCAGCACCCAGCCCUGUCUGUGGAUAUACCAAAGCUACACACACACACACACACACACACACACACACACACACACACACACUUUCACAUGUCUACUGAAGUGAAAGCUGCACGGGCUGGGUUUUGUAACGGAAAAAGCAGGAAUACGCAAAAUUCAUAUGCAAGACAGAAUCCAUUGCUAUGUGGUUAGUGGGUGUUUUGAUGUGCUGUGAACCCAUGAAUCCACCAGUGUAGUGCAACAUAGUGCGUAUAGAUACGUGUAGUUUUAGACUAGUGCAACUGUGUGCUGUAGUCUGCUGUAAUCCUGGACCACCUUAACAGUGAUCAGGGACGGGCUCCCCUGGAUUUUAGGUAUGUACAUUACUGUACAGUAUUCAUGCACCAUAGUCACCUUCGUCUGCUUUCAGUUUUACAGGAAAACCCUUUGGUCCCCUCUCAGAAGGGGCGUAGCUUCCAAUUGCUGAGGUGUGCACUUCUCUGAGGCAGCCUGUAAGGGGCGGGGCUUUUUUUGGCGCCAUUUGGGCUCCAAGCUCAGAAUGUAGGGCAACCCCCAGCCACCUUAAAAAAAUAACCCUCUCCCCCUUAAAAACAAAUAAAUUACAAAAAAAAAGAAAAAACUAAAGAAAAGAAAAAAAAAAUCACCAGGUGCCCCGGCUCUCACAGGCAAACCCAGUCGCACCCUAAAGGGCUAUCAGCUGAAGUCACUUUUUAAGAUGUCGGUAGUGUUUUAGUGAAACUCGUGAGCACCAGGGGGCCUGAAAAGGUAACAGGAUGUUUUUUUUCAUUUAAAGAAGAAGAGAAAGGAUUGUUCCCACAGCACAGAGAGAGAGUCUGAAACAGGGCUGGAUGAAUGUUAAAGGAAAAGAAUGUGAGUUUGUCGAAGGGGGACGGAUUAAAUGUUGGUGAACUGCCUGAAAUAUUCAGUAAACCUAACGGUCUCAAAAUGUGGGAAACGGGGAUCCGAUCAAACACGUUCUUCUAGAACCUCAUUGGCCCAUUUCUCAAAGAGUCAAGGUUGCAUGUAGCAGUGAUCAUUUUUCAGUGUUUCUUCCCUCCGCUGAGCUGUUUUCUGCCAUCUACACUUUACUUUCCUCCUACAUGACUCAAACUGCCUGGGGGGGGGGGCUCCUGAAUGUAUCUUGUCCCUUUUUGAAGUGCUGUACAGUAUCGUCAACCCACACCUCAUCCUCACUAUGGUUUCCACUUCUUCUAUCUUUUGACAUUUAACCUUGUACAUGAAAACCCAGCUCCUGCCUGCUCCUUCCUCUUCAAGGUCUUUAAAUAGUGAAGUUGAUUUGUGAAAGUCCACAGGUCCUGUAAGCUAGCACUGAAUCAGUUUGUAUAGACUUCGGUCCUCCUUGCACUUGUAGAUACUUUUUAUUUAUAGAGCAGGUUACCUGAACCGAGCACUCUGAUAUUACUGUCUUGUGAGAAAACGUAUUUCUGUUCCUCCUCUCUUGCAGUUUUUUUUAAAGGCAACAGUAGGGUGUAACCUCUUCUUGGUAUUAUAUUGGUUCAUGUGUGAACACUAUUCCUCUUCUUCUUACUGCCAUUAUGACUGAUUUGUAUUAAGCAAUAAGUUCUUUUUUUCUCAUUUGGAUUGUUUCAUAUUGUGGGAUUCUUCCCUCUGAGCUCGUUUCUAUUCAUAACAGUAGGACUCUUUCCUGCUUCGUCAUCAUCCGGAUGUGUACUGUAAAGUUUAAAUAUAUUAUAUAAAUACAUAUACAAAGUAAGCCGUCUCUGUCAAUGUACUGAUCAAGUAACAAGUGAGAAAUAAAGACUUCACGUCAGAA